AUGUUGAACAUGAUCCGUCACGGAGCGAGAAAGAUCUUCGCUGGCGAAUGCACAGGAGCUCUCGAUGUCAAUCUGAACAUCGAGGAAGUCCUCAAAGCCGGAGAAAAGAAAAAGCUGAGCAAAACUACAAGUCCUUUAUUAAGUCAACCAAGAGCGCAAACUAGCAACAAAAAAAAUCAAGUUCAUCGAUACUAUUUGCCAAGCGCACAGUUAUCAAUACACACCUCCAAUGAAGACCAAAAGCGCCUGUGUAUUCUUCAUUUUGAAGCUCAGUCAGAAAAAAUUCAUCUUCCGCAGAAGAUUUGCCCGAAUGGCAACCGAAACCUCAAGCGAGUCGGAGAGCGGAAACUUAUCUACAAAUCAGCUGAUGCUAAAAGAUCAAAGCGCACGAAAAAACCGUCACAAUUCCAGCAUUUUGGCAAGCAACAGUGCCAAAGCGAUGUCCACAACAUGAUUUACUCGAUUGAGAAGCGUUUUAGAUUUCAAUUUGAUGAUGAAGAGUUCUCCGCGAAAGGGUUGCUCAUUUCUGACCGAGGCUACUUGGAAGUUUAUCCUUACGACAAAUUGCAAGCAAAACGACAACGCAGCUGCAAAUGGAUGAAGAUCUCAAUGAAUACGAAAGUACCAGCUCCGAAAGCAGACCUCAACCUCAAAGAUUCGAUGGCAUAUCUUGAGAAAUACUACAAGUCCUCCUCAGCAGCUACAGCGAUUUCUUUUUUCACAAAGAGCGAGAAACUGACACAGAACUCCCGACCACUUCUGCUCACCAUGCUUAGUCACAAAGAAAACGACGCGAUCGUGAUUUAG